CAAAUGAGGAAAGGAGAAUGCCCAUUUCAGGCCCAUAGUGGACAGCUAUCUUAAGAUGAUUUACUUUGUCCAGAAAUGUACCAUAAAGAGACAUGAUUUUUGAUAACAUUUAAAUAAGCGCCACUAUAAUCAGUAAUAUUUCAAUAAAAAAGGGAAUUUUAUUAGUAUCUAAGCAUCUAAGCACAUAAAUAAAACAUAGUUGAGGUGAAAUGUUGCCCGAAGAUAAAAUAUUUUUACUAUGAUCAAUCGAUCCGGUUAUCGAUUUAUAAACGAAUAAAAUGAACUCAGGUUAAAUACAAAUAAUGGGCCGCUGUUGGUAAUUCUAUGUGGAAUUAACCAAAAGCAAAUAUUUAUCUUAAAACCAAUAUGUCCGUUUGUUACUUUAUACAAUAAAGAUAAAAAAGUCAUAUCGAUUGUUUUUUUACGUAACCGAUUUAUCGAUUUCAUUUUUUUGUGACAAGCGGCAACACUGAUGACUGAAAUGUGAAUGACAUUUUUCAAACGAAUGAAACUUUUGAAUGUUCGCUUGUUGCUUACUGCUCAAUGUGGAUGCGUUUUGUUUUGUUUUCGAUUUCUUUCACCGCGACCUGGCUUUCUUUCCUGAACUUGUUCCGGCUUUUCACGUACGACUUUGGCAUUAUUUUACUGGUUUUGUUCUCUCCUUCUACGAUAACUUGGCUCUGGAUUAAAGGAUUACGCUAUUUGAUUUUGCACACCAAAAUGUCUGAAGAACAUUGUGUAAAUUGUGGUAAUAAUGUUACCGAGAACCGUAUUUUAGAGCCCGAAGAAAUAAGCGUAAUACAGCAGUGGGUUGCACCGCAGCAGGUAAGAAUAUAAUAAAAUGAUUCUAUUAUUUCUUACAUCAUGGUUUAAUUGUUGAAUAUUUAUUAUUAAAAUUGUUUUUAGGUGUCAGGAGAUAAUGUUGUUUGCCACAAUUGCUGGGUAGCAAUAACUGAAAGUCUUGCACUACAACAAGGGCUAGAUGACUCUGUGCGUCUGAAUCGCUGUAUAAAUUGUGAUCGAUCGAUAAGAAGAAUCAGAAAUCACGAAUUACAAACUAAUUCGGAUAGAGAAAGCCUCAUUAGAAAUGUAAUAAUAGAAUGGAUUUCUCCACGAGAGAUUUUGUCAUCAAGCCGCAUCUGUCAUCCAUGCUGGCAGAGAGCAGACAGGGCCUCGGCAGCAUCAACAUCUGCUACUACAAGUAAUUCAGAAAUAAUUCUACCAAAUUACACGCGAGCUUCCAAUACACAAAGAUGCUGUAUUUUCCCUGACUGCCUAGAAACGGAAAGAAUACACAUUCCUCUGUCAAUUCGGGUGAGGCUGUUGUGCGAUUUAUCGUUUUAUGUUCCACAAAACUGUCGCAUCUGUAACUUUCAUUUGAGAAGCCGUUUAUGGGAUAAUUUAAUUGUUGAAGAUGGAAACCAUAGUUUUACUGCAGCAUUUAUUGAAGAUUUGGUAUCAUUGUUAAAAAAUCAGAUUGGUCAUAAUAUUGAUUUUCAAAAUAUUGAAGACAGUGAUGAUCACUUAGUUUAUUAUUGGCUCGGAAUGUCCAAACAUCAAUUUAGACAAAUAUUGGAUGAGGUUCCUCGACUAAAUAAUGCACACAGAGGUGCCACUGCACUUGCUGCAUACUUAACAAAACUGAGGACUGGUGAUUCAGACCAAAGACUCUCUACGCUGUUUAAGAUUCCUAGAAGUACUUUAGAGAGAUUAAUGUCAAUUGCUAGAGAAUUUCUGACUCAAGAUUUUGUACCACAAAAUCUGGGUAUAGAGCAUAUGACCCGACAAAACAUUGCUGAAAGGAAUUUAAUAAUUCCUAAUGGAUUAUUUGGAAGCACAAACCAAAUUAAACCUAUAGUAAUCAUGGAUGGAACCUAUGUAUUUAUUCAAAAAAGUUCAAAUUAUAAAUACCAAAAACAGACAUACUCAAUGCAUAAGCUAAGUAAUCUAGUGAAACCAUUUCUUAUAACAUGCACGGAUGGAUAUAUUUUAGAUGUCUUAGGGCCCUAUCCAGCAACUAUGUCAGAUGCUGAUAUACUUAAAAAUGAAUUUAUUUCUGAAAAUACACCAUUGAGGAGAUAUUUUCAACCCGGUGAUGUAUUCAUAUUAGAUCGAGGAUUUAGAGAUUCUUUACCACUACUGAGAGAAUGUGGGUAUUCAAUUCAAGUUCCAUCCUCAAGAGAAGAAGGUGAAUCACAACUAUCUACCCUUGAAGCUAAUCAUUCUAGAAAAGUGACUAUUUGUCGCUGGGUUGUUGAGGUCAUCAAUGGUGUAUUUAAACAGGCAUUUAAAUUGUUCCGGCAAGAGUUUUUUAAUCGAGCAUCAUCUCACAUGAUGCAAGACUUUGCAAUUGGUGCAGCAUUAAUAAAUAGGUUCCAUCCUAGAAUAUUAGACAGACCUGAUGCAAGUCAAAUAUUAUCAGUAAUAAAUGAAAAAAUGUUAAUUCAUAACACCUUAGCGGAUCAUGUAAAUGAACUUAAUUUAAAUCGCUGGAGGGCUCGAUUUGUGAAUAUUAAUGUUGGCUCUGAUAAUUUGACUAACUUUCCACGCUUAACAAUGGAUGAUUUAAUAUUAAUAGCUUGUGGUACUUACCAAAUAAAACAAGCGAGAUCUUACUAUGGGGAACAUAUCAGAGCCAAUGGUAUGUAUACUAUUGAGAUAUAUAGAGAACAAAACAGAAGACUACCAAGCCUAUUAAUUAAUGAAAACUGCUGGCUAUUACGUGCAAAAAUACAAAGCAGACAUGUAAAUCGAAAGGUAUAUUUUAUAUAUAUUAAAAUAAAUAACAAUUUUGUUGGCAGAGAUGCAAUUGAAUUAUAUUAUUGCAAUUGCAUAGUAGGGAAACGUACGGUAGGCUGCUGUUCACAUGUUAUGACUGUUCUUUGGUAUAUAGGUUGGGCUAGAUUUCAGUCAAAUAUAUGCCCUCCAGCACUAUUUUUAGAUGAUUUGUUGAUAGAAUAUGACAUUGAAGAAAAUAUAGAUACUUAA